AUGCCAGCAACAAAGGUUUUAAAGCCCCAACCAGUGGAGGCGACAGGAAAAACCGUGGAGAAAAGCAAACCGGCGAAGGUGAAGGCGGUGACCGGAGCAGAGAGUGAACUCAAAGCGCCCGCUGUGCGUAAAAGCCGCGCGUCGAGCUGCCCGAGGUGUCCGCAGCGGGACAGGUGUGAGCGGGCCACCACCACCACCACCACCACCACCGGUACCGCUCCCGCUACCUCCACCACAGCCUCCAAAACGACCUGUGAGAGGAGGAGAGCCAGGUCUACAUCUGUGGCUCCCAAACCGACCAGCUCUGUGAAACAUGGAGCUGUCAACCCGAGAAGCCGGGAACCGACCACCUGUCCGGGGCAGCGUCAGCAGCGGAGCGUCAGGGCCGAGACGAAGUGUGCAAGUCAGAGUCACAAAGCUUUCACCGUCAUCCCCCCGAACCCCAAGAAGAGGAGGGAUAUGCAGAGAAAGGCGGAGGCGGAGCUCGCUGCUUUAGAGGAGCUUCGUCUGAGCAGAGCGAUGGCUUACGUAUCCAUCAACCCCAGCAGUGUUGGGGGUUGUAUGAGUCUGGAGGAAGUACGGUUGAAGCAGCAGCAGGAAAUGAUGGAAGCCAAGAGGAAACAGAAACCGAUGAAGACGCAGGUGAUGGAGCAGACACCUGUCCUGAUGCGCUGAGCGUCACGUCUCCUCUCGUCUCUGCCGGCAGCUCAACGUCUCGCUGUAUCUGCAACUCGGAGUCAAAUCCCAUAUUUAGAAUAAGAAAUCCACAUGAAACCUGUGUUGUACAAUCUUCAGUUUUUUGUGUUUAUUAAUAUUAUUAUUUUCCAGUAUUGUUAACAUUUCAUUUCAUUAUAUUUUAUGUUUUGUACAAGGCUGUUUUGUGCCUGAUAUAUGUUUUAAAUGAUGUGUGUCAUAUACAAAACAUACGCUUUAAAGCGUCAUUCAGCCAGAUUACAAACAGAUUAUAAAGUAUUACAUUCAUUUGGCAGCCAUAUUUUAUCCAAUGCAACUCACAUUUUUUUCUCCUUCAUGGGCUCCUGUACUCAGGCACAACAACACUCAAGAUUUCAGAUCAUAUUUAGAUCAGAUCCAUAAUGAUGGUGCAGUUUUGUUUCUCCAACAACAAAGAAUUACAGUCAUAGAAGAAGAAGUGUGGUUUUAUAGCUGUAGAUGGAGUCUUCUGUUGUUGAUGUGGCUCUUGGGUAAUGUAGUAUUUAACAAUAUGAUAUAAAUUUAAUAUUUUUGAUUUUUAGAGGGAGACGUGUGUUUUGAAGCUCACUCAAAGUAAAGAAUAGGAUCGUACACCUGUGAGGCGUAAUUUAAGUUCAUGGACAGCUUUCUCUCCUGUACCUUUUUUUCUUUUGUUUGUUUUUUCAGGCGUGGCCCAUGAACACAUCACGCCAUUCUCCUCUGUUACAUAAGCCAUGCAUUAUAGAGGCGUUUGGGAGGAAUGUAAAGUGACGUGUAUGGGCCGUCACUGUAAAUGACUGUAUCUACGCUCUCAGCGUGUUUUCACCUGGAUCAGAGCAAAACCACAGGAAAUAAACUGAGCUUUAAUAACACUGUUGUGUGUGUGUGUGUGUCUGUGUGUGUGUGUGUGUGUGUUUGUG